AUGAGUCCGCUAGAGGGGUGGGGAACUGGGGGCGCUAGGUUGUUGGGCAUGGAAUGGGGGCAUGGAAUGGGUUGGGUUUGUAGGAAAAAGCCAAAGGAUCAAAGACUUGUACGUGAAAACCUUUCACUAAAGAAUAGCAAGGAAGAAGAAACUCAUGUAAGGGUAAUUCGUGGCUUUAAACGUUUUGAGAGGAUACCGAGACAACCAAUAAUCACAUGGGGACAAGUUUCGCAGAAGUCGAAAAAGCUUAUGGUUCCAAAGGAUAUUGUUUGUAAAAACGACAUAUCCGAAGGGAAAGAGAAGAUGCAUAUUCGCGUCGUCAAUGCCAUAAAUAAGGAGAGCCCUCCAUCUUUCAAUUACAUAUGCAAUAUCAUUUACCCAGAAUCGAAGUCACGUCCUUGUGUGAUGAAGAAUGGCAUUAGCCAACAUGGCAUUCAGUUUAAUCUUGAGGUGUUUGGGACUAAAUCAAAAGGAUGGGGUGUUAGAUCAAGAUCGUAUAUUCCACAUGGGAGUUUUGUAUGUGAAUACGUAGAUUCUACUGGGGCAGACGUCUUUGUCAUUGAUGCCACACAACAUGGGGAAGUGGGAAGAUUUGUCAAUCAUAGUAGUCCUUCUCCUAAUCUAUUUUUACAAAGUGUCCUUUAUGAUCAUGACGACGUGAGAAUGCCACACAUGAUGUUAUUUGCGAAGAAGAGCAUACCACCGAAACAAGAGCUAACUUAUGAUUAA